AGCGGGAAGAGUUCUUUGUUUAGAGUUCUUUGCGGCAUAUGGAAGCCUAUUUCAGGUAUGGUUUGUUCAUCCAAACAAGUAAUUUCCGCUAUAGACUGCAAGAGCCAGUCUGUCGCUUUAGUUUAACUUCCUCUUUUACACCUAUAAUCAUGGACAAAAGUCUUGGGACAAUUUUGCAUAUCUGAGGCGUUUUCGAAUAGGCCAUAUUUCCGAGUUUCCCCGGGCCUUUAUUUCAAAACAAGGGUAGGUGCUCAGCCUUUGGUAUGGAAAUCAUUUUUCAUUCUCAUGCAAAUAAAACUCAUUUUCACAAGAAGGGUUGUGCACCUAGCCUCAUUUUGAAAGUGAGGGUUUUUGGAACUCAGAAGUGGCCUAUUCACACGGACCCAACCCCUCCCCUCACCCCACAAACAAUUGUUGGACGCGUGUGUUUUCCGAGUUUCAACUUUGUGUAGGGUGGGGGGAGGGAGAACUGCAGAAACGUUCGAAAAGGAUGCACUUUUUUAUGAGAGAACUCAGAAAUGACAGAAAAAUAUGAAUACUGCAUUGCUUUUGUCCAUGAUUGUAGCUCACGUUAACCCUUUUAGCCCUAAGAGUAAUCAACUUCAAAUUCUCCUUGCUUUAUAGUGGUACUGAGAAUUAAGCACAUGAACACACAAGAUGAAUUACAGUGAUACCUUAUCAACCUCGCCCCAUUACCUCUAUAGGAAAUGUUUAGGGACAAUAAAUGAAAGUGCAAAGUUUGAUAUCAUGUUUAAAGAGUCGAGAAUAUUCGUCACUCGAAUUUUUGAACCUUUGCACGAACUCCUAUGGUAUUACCAUUCAAAUGAGACUUCUUCUGCAAAGUUUCCGCAUGAGAUUUGAUUUUAUAAAACUAAAUUUAACUGUUAUGUUGUUUUAUUCCUGUGACUACAAGUAUCAAUGAAAUAACAAGUAACAUCUAUUUGUAAUUAUCUUACAGGGGAAGUCUCGCGAUUUCUUCCAUUAAGCCCCAAAGCUGUUUACUUCUUACCACAAAAGGCAUUUAUCACAGACGGUACAUUGCGAGAACAGGUAACACAAGAUCCUUUGCAGUAAAGGUAUUCAGGUGCUGGAUACAGUCUUAUGGUCAACCUUUCAUGUGUGCCUUUCAAUUUUUUCCUCUUACUUUAGUCGAGUUUGAGGUCCGUACUUGGUAAACUGCACAGUGAUUUUACCCUCUCCCGUCAGAUAUAUACUAUAAAUCUAUAAUCUGUAAAUAUCGGUACGGACGAGGUUAAAACGACGUUUAUCAUAUCUCUUUGUUUCUGUGGAGAAAUAAAUGUACACCUGGGAUAAAAUUUAAAAGGCAGAAACAAGCAACACUAAAAUAGAAACAACUGUAUGACUGUUUUUGUGAUUUGGGUCCGGUCAACCAUCCAAAGGCGCAGAGUCAGUUUUACAAGUUGAAAAAAAAAAUACUCAGUAUCGUUGGUUUGGAGGGAAGCAAAAGAUCUUGCAUUUAAGUCGCGUUCCUUUCAGUGUGUCACUGACCGAAAAUUGUCAAAUCACAAAUCGAAAAAUGACUUAGUAAUUAAAUAAUGCAAUCAUAUCUCUUAAAAACACUGGUAAGGCCGUUAGCAUAGACAUACUUCUUUCCGUUUUGAUUCUAUGGACUGAAAUCCUAUUGGCUAUUCCGAAGUUGCACAUGGGACUGAAUCAGUAGUGCGUUGGAUGUCGCUAUAGGACCGUUUUGGAAUGCUAUCGCUUCUUUUACGAAGUUGCGCAGGGAACUGGGUCAAAAUUUGUCCCCAAAACAGUCCCAUAGUGCAAUUCGGUACAACACGAACCCACUUCACACGCGACCCCCAGAUGACCAAUGGGGACGUAGUUGAAUUCUAGCCCUUUUGAAACCAGGGAUUGAAAUCCUUGUUCCUCGCCGCUUGGGACGUUUCGCCAGGAGGAACGUCUGCGCCUCAGCGACAGAAAUUCUAUACUGAUGACGUAAAAUCUGCCCGGAAUCUGGUCGGGAGCUCUGAUUGGGCGACAUAGCAGUUAUAUUGUUUUACCUAAUGUUUACGAAUGACAGGCAGAAGACAAAAGGCCACAAAAGUCAAAUGUAAACGGGGUAGUAAACGUGAUGAAUCUACGACAAAACAGCCAAUAUUCCUAAAAUAGAAAAAGCAUCUGAGUUUUGCUGGAGUUUGCUUGCAGUAGAACACAAAACGUUACCAUAAUCGACCAGGAGAAACAUAAAAUCAUACAAAUUUACCGGAUUUAUUAUCGAAACAUUGAUUUACGUCGUCAGUAUGGAAUUUCUGUCGCUGAGGCGCGGACGUUUCUCCAGGCGAUACGUCCCCAACGGCAAGGAGCCCGGAGAAACGGCUGUAUUCGCAGGCUAAUUGAGUGACCCUUCAGAAAUACAUUGUUCAAUAUUUAAGCAUCAAGACAGUGCACAUUCGGUGAUAAUCUCCCUUUAUCUCCUUUAUCUCCCUGCUUUUGGGAACUCAAUGGCCGAUUACAAAAUGAAAUGCAUUUACGAGCCCUUUAAAAUGUCCACUUAACGUCCCUUAAGCUUUUGUCCCCCGAUUCAGACCAUGGGGGCUUUUGGACCCCUCCCCCCUCCCCUGCGAAAAAGUUGAAUAACUUAAGAACCGUUCAAGCUAUGAUUACCAAACUUAGCGACUUUUCCUAAAAAUUAGCUGGGAACAUUUGAAAGUCGUCAUGACGUGUAUGUCAACAUUGACGUUAUCAUGGCAACCAAGUUUUGGCGGGUAUGUUUUAAAAAAGUUGAAUAUUUCUUUAAAAAAAUAGGUUUUAAAAAGUUAUUGUCUCUGUUGGCAGAUGCUGAGUUUAACUUUCAACAGUGUUUAUUUCUCUCGGAAUUGCAUAUUUUGCAGAUUUUUUGCCUCCUAAGCAUCCUUUUAUACUCAGAUCAAGUUUUCUAUUAAGAGUUCCUCGAUUUAUUAGGGUUUUGAUACCAUGUUCCCAGAGGAAGUAGUUGUCACUGCUUCGCCGCUCGCUCUCUCUUUCGCGAAGAAAAAAAUCAAUAAAAAACUCGGGGACCAUGGUAGGGUCUUAAGUAAAAUGGAGUACCUUUGAAUAAUUCAAAAUGGCAAAUCCAACUUGGCGGAUGCUUCCAGUUCCAUGUUUAGUCAUAAAUGACGUCAUCAUGACAUCACUGCUAUUGUUAAAGGUUAUUUACAUGUUAGCCAACUUCUUGAUCAUAUUUAACCCCUUACUAUUUUAGUAUCUUUCGCUUAAUGUGUACUUGGAGGGAAAUUUGGAUUCUGCCCAUAAAUCAACAAUGUGACGUCAUAAUUUCAGAAGUUGGAAAUGAUGAGUACGUUUUCUGUGGCGGUAACAUGAGCGGUUUUGAAGUUAUAGAGGGGGGUCUCUGGAGCCCACCCCCUCCCCCCCCCCCACCCCAGUGGCGGGAAGCGAAAAACGCCUGGUCUGCGGAGGGAUAAGUUAUUCAAUCACACACGUCAUCUUUAAUGCAAAAACUGUCGAAAAUCUUCCGUCACGGAUGCCUUACCAUGGAAGUUGUAACAAGAGAAAUUUCGUAUCUCCAAGCGACCAUGUAAUGUUCUAUUUAUUCUAUAAACACCAAUGAACUACCAAACCAUUUCAGUUUCACAGUUUUUUGGUGUGAAAGGCGCGAUUUAUUAUGUAGCCAUAUCAACGGUGAUAUUUUCACAUGUGAAGAUUACAAGUUUUUCGCGCGAAAGCUCACCUGGUUUUUCAUUGGUGUUUAUAUAAUAAAUAACGUUCCGAUCUUAUAAAUGUUAUAGUUGAUACGAACAACUAACUCAGUUUUCCUUUUUCAGCUAACAUACCCCUUUGAAGACCAUUUACUUGAAUACAAUUGCGAAUCAGGUAUGGGGUGUGAUUAUAACUAAGUGAAAACUGUUUGUUAACCACAUUCAGUCAAUAGAAUGCUGAGCCUCUAGAUCAGUUUUUUUGUUUUAUUCCCCUUCCCCUUAGACUGCUUGCAGUCCGCCUUUUCUCUUUAAAUGCGUGUAGUUCUUAUCUGAGCCAGCGCGAUUGACCACUCCAGAAAAUACCAUAACAUACCAUAAUGUUCUUUGUUCGUCACCCCCAAAUUUUACAUAAGCAUUGUCUUCAGUUUCUCUUGGGAGUUAAAUGGCCCCAAGAGAAACUGAAAACAAUGCUUAUGCAAAAUUUAGGGGUGACGAACAAAGAACAUUAUGGUAUGUUAUGGUAUUUUCUGGAGUGGUCGACUGGAAGUUGUUUAUGUUCUAUUUAUAAAUUGUUUCAAGUUACUCGGGUUCAAUUGGUUAAUUAAAUUACCUUGACAGCUUUGUUGUCCUCAGACAGAACAAAAGAGUCAGCAGUCUCUUAUUUUUUCUUCUCGGGCUUACUCCCUCGUUUAUCGCGCCUCGCGUGCUUGGCUUUCGUUAAUUUGCAAAGAUAAAUAAGAGACUGCUCGCUGUCUACUUCGCCUCGGAGCAAAGUAUGAAUUUUAAUUCAUCGAAAUUUGUCUAUUGUGACGGGAUUAAAGUGUUACAUAAUUACGUGCGUGUGUUUCUCACGGUUUUUAACCGAAUUUUCUUAGAUUUCUAAUUUUCGUUUACUUAAAAGUGCGAGGUACAGAACGGUAGCGAAGCCUGUGUUUCAACAGACGUCUCCUUUUGGUCAUUUUGAGGUUGCCAUCUUACGCCGGAGCUUAUUUCCUUUUCGUACACGGUCGUUGCCACCAUUAGUAACCAAGCCUUUAGCCAUGAUGGAUGUAAUAUAUUCCCUGGAUUAAGUUACAAUGAGGCAAAAAAUACGUUUUGAAUAGUCUUGAAAAGAACGACGUUGAAGCCCACGUUGAAUCUACGUUGAAAAUUAUGGAAAGGGCUGAUGUAUCAAUUAAGAAAGACAGUUUGCUAGUUUAUUUAAUUAAAUUUUUCGGAAUUCUGACGGGUCAGUGGUGAAGGUAAUGCUGAGAGAGAGAGAGAUUAGCUAGGAUACGACAGGACCGGGUUUGACCCUGGGUUACGAUCUUCUUUCCUUUUGAUAGAAACACUCUUAAAAACAGGUUAAAAAGGUACAAAGUGUCUUAAAAAAUGGCAGCGACCGUUUAUGAAAGGGAACUUGCUACGCCGGAACAGGGUCAAAAUUCGGUAACAAACGCUUCAUAAUGCAAUUUUAAGCAGCAUCGACGCAGUCCUAGGGUGAUGUUACUCGGGACGAUUCGCAACGACGAUUUUUAGCGCUACACAGCGAUGCAAUGUUGGAACAAUGUUGUAACCGUUCGAAACAAUGUUGCAACAAUGCUGCAACUCUGUGUUGCGUUAAAAAUCUUCGUUGUAAAUCGUCUCUUGUAACAUCACCUUCACGCGCCACAUUAAAAUGGCCUUAUUUUGCUUCAAUGCAACGUUGGAACAAUGUUGUAACCGUUCGAAACAAUGUUGCAACAAUGCUGCAACUCUGUGUUGCGCUAAAAAUCGUCGUUGUAAAUCGUCUCGCGUAACAUCACCUUCACGCGCCACAUUAAAAUGGCCUUAUUUUGCUUCAAUGCAAUGUUGGAACAAUGUUGUAACCGUUCGAAACAAUGUUGCAACAAUGCUGCAACUCUGUGUUGCGCUAAAAAUCGUCGUUGUAAAUCGUCUCGCGUAACAUCACCUUCACACGUCACAUUAAAAUGGCCUUAAUUUGCCUCAAGUAGUGAAGUUAGGAAUUGUUUGUACGCAGGCUUCAGGACAGUAAUAAGUCGUUUAGCUUCUUUUAUAGGCAACUUAAGCUGUUAAAAAUGCAAUUUCCUAGUUUAAAAAAUCCCUCACUUUAACAAUGAGUCCAAUGUACAAUACUUUUCUGUGAAAAUUCAUUUUUGUAUCAUAGGUUUCCCACUUACCCUCGUUUAGAACGGAGGCUUGGGCAACUUGGAAUCAUUAUGAUGGGGGAGGGGAAGGGGUGAGGUUAGUGCAAAGUCUUCAUUGGUUGGGGCUUGGUAUAACUUCCUUCAUUAAUUUUGUAAUCCUCUGGAUCUUCUAUCAUAUUUAGUUGGAGAAGAAAAUGAACGACUUUUUGAGCUACUGAAUUGUGUUGGACUGGUAAGUUUUUUUAGCGUCAGCGUAGAUCAUGUUGUCCUUAAAAGUUCUUUAUAUACUCCGAGUAGUGUAGUACAUACUGCGAACAUAGAGAUCAAACUAUGCGACAAGUGGUCGCUUACAAGAAUGUUAAAAACAAUGCCAAAUUAUUAUACCAUCGCCCUAAAAGUGGUCGCGCUUGCACACGAGAUGUUCCAGCUGCAAGGCUUUGACUGGGAAAGUUUUUGUGUUGUUCUAGAUAAGAAGUCGCUUACGAGAGGUUGUCGCACUUGGAGGCUCGGUUGUUUUAAUGACGGCGUUUUGAUUUAAAGGUGGAUUUCUCGCCACUUCUGAUCAAAAGGACAUCCUUUGGAUGCAUUCAUUUGGAAUUACUGUCCCGACUCGCCGAUGUGUUCAGUUAGCGUUGUGUGCUUUCUUUGUGCGAGACAUUUUGAUAGUUAAAUAACCAUAUUGUGAUAGAUAGAUAUGAAGUACAAUUGCAUAAAUUACGUUCACAACUGCGAGGAUAAUUGUUCAUUUGAGUUCAUUUCCGCUGUUCUUAUAUGAUUUAUUUCAUAUACAUCUGUCACAUUCAUCUCUUUCACGGGAACAUAUGAACACAUAAUUGACCAGCUCCCAACAUCAGUGGCUUCAUAUCUCAGUUGGUUAGAGCAUCGCACCGGUAUCGCGAAGGAACGGGUUCAGGUCCCAUUGAAGUCCUGAAUUUCUUUCAGGCUUCUUACGCAAUUGCAUAAAUUGCGUUCACAACUUCGGGGAUUAUUCUUCAUUUGAUUUUAAAUAACCAUAUUGAUUUUCCUUGUCUUAUAGUCGACUCUGUGUCAUAGAGUUGGUGGUCUGGACAACCCGGUUGAUUUCAGCUGGUGAGUAUGCCUACGUGGUGGUAUUUAGCAAUUAUUGGAUGAUGCUGGGUGUGAUCUAAAGAAUUACGCGGUGGAUCGAGGACAACGUUAUCCGGCGAGGCCAAAGGCAGAGGUGCAUAACACCCUCCGAGCUGUAUUUUUCUGUUAUUGCUGGGAUUUUAUAGGCAGUAGUACGGCUCACUGUGUGAAACUUGUUCGCCUUUUUUCGAGUUCUACCAAAACAACGCAACCUCGUCUGAAAUCAGGAGGCGCAAUCCGUCUUAAUGUACAUUCAGAAAAAUCUUAAUUAGCCUUUCUUCAGGCCGCUAGAAUCAAGGAAGUUGAGGCAAUUUUGCCAAAAAUUCUGGGAAAGAUUCUGCUUCUUGUUUAAGUCAGUGUAGGUUGGAGAAUUAUUUAUCUUUUAGGCUUCCACUAGUCUCGUACCCAGAUCUCUUGUCAACAAAACCGUGAACGAGAGAUUUGCGUACGAGAUUAGGCUUCCACAGCAAAGUGUUUUGAUCCUAAAACGUUUUGUAGUCUAUUAGUUUUCACCUUUUGAAUGCCUUUAAGUUAAUCAUGUCCCGUAUUAAAUUAUUAAGUACUUAAGUUAAAUAAACAUUACUUAAUAACAACGAUAAUGAAGAGAAAAAUUGUUGUUAUUUGCAAAAAAAAAAGAUGAAGACAACAUGAAACGCAGGGGAGGAAAAUGCGUUUUUUUUUUCCAGCUAAAAGUCAGGUAAAACUUAGUUAAGCAAUGCUUUUAUCUCCAAUGAUACGGUGGCAACGCUCAUUUCUCUUUCUCUUUUGUCUAGGGAAGGCAUGCUUUCGCCUGGCGAAAUGCAGAGGCUGUCUUUUGCUCGUUUGUUCUAUCAUCGCCCACUUGUAGCUCGUAAGUGGUCAAUUUUUAGUUUUAAACUGACAUUAUCCUCAUGACUUCAACUUGAAGUCAAAUGAAAUGUACUGAACAAUACUUGUCUGUUGUACUGUUUGUCCUAAAAAAUGAACCAUGUGGUAAUGUAUUUAUUUACUUGUACUACUACAUGAGAAAUUUCUGCAAUUUGAUUGGCUUAGAGCAGUAGUAUUUCAGAUAAAUUUGAAAUACCUACACGUGAAAAUUACAAACAGUAAACUUGAUUUCUGUUGAUACUGUUUAACGGUCGUGAAAAAAAUUUUGAAAUCAUGUGAUAUUAAUGCAAAAUAUUAUUUCAUGCUAUUACCUAUACUUAUAUUUAAUCUGGAUGAAAUCCUUCAUUAGAAUGAAAGCUAAUGAUCUGACCAGAACUCUCUUGUGAUGAAUAAGUUGGUUCCCACUUUUGAAUCUGUGGACGAAUCUGAAAGUGUGACCAUUCAAAUGAAAGCUAGUUAGGUGUGCUUUCACAUGGUACUGUUUAUUUCUUCAUAACUUCCAAAGUGAAUUUUGAUCGCUUUCCGGAGGAAAGAGAUUUUAGAGACAACAAAACAAUCUGAUGGCAAAACUGCUGGUCUUUAAUCAAGGAAGAAAAAUGUCCGUUAGUUCGUUAACGAAAAAUUCUAACAGUAGGAACUACCACCAGGAGCCUGUUUCUCGAAAGUCCCGAUAAAAUGUCUCCGUUUCCAUUAAAUAUCGAGGUUUUCUUUUGGUAACAUGAUAAAAAAAGUUAAUGAAACAAAAUGGAACAGGACCUUAUUCUUUAUAUUUCGAUUUGAAUAUUUGUGAAAGUUAAACUUUCGAUAAUCAGAUCAAAACAUAAAUAUAAUCACUCAAAACAUUAAUAGAAAGAAAUGACACGGCAAAGACAAAAGGAGGCACCGAUAGACAAACUUGAAGAAGAUUAAAACAGGUUGAAAUUGUGGGUUUUGAAAAACUUGUUAGCCAAAAACUUUUUUAAAAAGUUUCUUUUUUGUUGUUUGUAACGUUUGGUAUACUGCUCUACUUGGAAAGUAUAUUUAUCGGAAGAGAAGCUGUGAUUUCGUUGUUUGCAUGUAGUUUCUUCGUUUGCGUUAAGUUCCAUAGGCCAUAAGCGUAAUUACCAAGAAAAAAAACAUUUUUUAUAUUUUCCGUUGUUAUUAAAUUUUUCUUUUUGGUUUGAUAAUCAGUUCUUGACGAGGCUACUAGUGCGUUAGAUGAGCCCUCAGAGACAAGACUGUAUUCAAUGUGCAAGCAGUAUGAAAUCACUGUCGUUAGUGUUGGCCACAGAGAAUCACUGAAGCAGGUAGGUCGGCCUAGUGCAACAAUAGUCCAGUUUCGAAUUAAAAAUUACCGUUGAAUACAAACAUUAACGGCACAUUUAUACAGGGUUAGCCUCGACAUAAAAUAAAAUAUUCAGAAAUUCCGGCAAGUAAGUGUUUGAAAUUUGAAUAUACACAAUAGACAGAGUAAUAAACAGGUCUUUUUCUCGUUGGAAUUUGUGAAUGUAUUACUUCAGGUGGAGGCUAAGCCUGUAAAAAAUGCGUCUUCACUUCUUUAAUUCAGCGGUCAAAGCGAACUCGAAACUGGACUAUUGAGGUAUUAAGUCCUGUGGGGUCCACUUUUCCGAAGACUGAUUAGCAAUAACUGAGGUUUAAAUUUUACCUAUGAUUGGUUUAUUGUUUUAUAUACUAAACACCUUUACAUUGGACGAGGCUUUGUAAUAUCUGCAAUAAUCAAGGUCUGGGUAAAUGUUCUCGGUGAGUGAUAUCACAAAAACCGGUGGAGACUAAUCGUUUUAUUAUUCAUGUUUUGACGAAAUAACAACAAACUCACCGUCGCAAUGAACAGUUUAUUAUUUUCCGAAAAGAAUUUAUACGGUGGAACCUCGAUAUAACGGAGGGCCAAAGGACUAACAAAAUUUGUCCGCUAUAACGAGGUUUCGUUAUAUCGAGGUUCUUGUCCAUAUAUUUUGCUAUCAUUGGGGUAAAGAAAAUUGUCCGUCAUACAGAGGACUUAGUUGUAUAGAGGUUCUUUUGAUCGAUGUUCCACUGUAUUGCUCUUAGUAAUCAUGCAUUGCACGCGCAAUCUACAGAUUAGAUAUGAUCUGCUAGCAUGUAAUCUGCAGGUCGCGCUGAUUUCCAAAAUUGACUAUAGUCUCUUAGCCAAGAGACUAAAGACAGAAUGAGUACAAACAACCGUGCGCCAUUUUGGGCAAAACAAAGAAAAUACGUUUUCCGUGACAUCAUCAGUUUGUCUUUUCUCUAGUAGAUCAUGGGCAACGACCAACCACAACGUGCGUAUUAUUCACCAAAUUAAGCCAUAGCUCUCGACCAAUUGGCGUGCAAGAAAUCAACAACAACAACAAGAAAAAUACACUGAAAAUAGUGGAGGGGCAGCGAUUUGCCGCAACAGACAAACGAGUUUUCAAAUCUACUGUGUCAUUUUAUUUCCUCAGUUUCACGAUUACAAUUUGAAAUUGGACGGUGAAGGAGGAUGGGAGUAUAUCACGAUCAACCAAGAAUAAAGAUUAUGAAAAUUUACGCGCUGUAAGUUUCGCGUUUGCUUAGUAAUAAAUUUGUUUAGCACUGGAGCCCGAUCGGCUCCCGGUCCCGGGGGUAGGGGGCACUUGGGUAUUUUUUGGGUGGGUAUGUGCCGCCCGGGAUUCCAAAUUGGCACCCCGUUCUAAAAAAAAUUUCCCCUUAAAUUGAUACCCCGUUCUAGACUUCGCCCUAAAAUUGAUACCCCGUUCUAGAAAUGGGCCAAGUUUUUAUACUCCGCGUCUAGGGUGCAAAGAGUACAACAGUUUGCUUGUUAACGCAUUGAAUCGUAUUUUAAAAGCAAUCUGUCCUUGAAUAAUUCGAAAUGGCUGCUUACAAAACUGGAGCUUUCGUGCGUUUGAAAUAUUAUACCCCGUUCUAGAAAACGCCUCUGAAAUGGAUACCCCGUUCUAAAUCAGGAGCUUCAAAAUCACAACCCCGUUGGGCGGCACAUACCCGUAUAGGUAAUGCAUGGGAGUAACCCCCCCGGGGGCUCCCGGUAAAGCGUAAGUAAGCACAGGUCUGAUUACGAGCCGCUUAUAGGGGAGGAACGAAACCGGUCCCGUGAGUGCAUCGGAAAUCUAGCCUGAAAUAAAGAGAACUUUUACUCUUUAAACCCUAAGAUCAAAAUUUGAAUUUUCAUUUGUUGCCGCUAUUCACUUCCUACAGAAGUGGUGGUGAGAAGUUGAUAAAAUAUCAAGCAAAUUCAUUUUGUGUGAUCAUGUCCGUAAUUCUCAUGACCCCUCUGUUUUACAAAGCAUUGACAUUAUUCAUUCCCGAAAGAAGUAGUGGGGAGAAAAUGAUAAAAUUUCAAGCAAAUUCAUUUUGUGUGAUCAUGUCCGUAAUUCUCAUGACCACUCUGUUUUACAAAGCAUUGACAUUACAAGGAGAAAGUACAAAGUGAAUUUAAAGGGGCUAUAUCACGUUGAUACUGCUGUUUUAGAUCAGUUCUGUGCUGAGCUCAUUACUUAGUACCUUUACCAAGAAAUAAAAUACUCCUGUAGAGUUAUGAAGAAGAUAUCAGAGCAUAAUAUUUUUGGUGAUUUUUGCAGGCAUGGCAUAAAACUUGAAAAAGUUGCCCCAACGUUGUCAAGUUUCAAUCCAUGUUAAUAGUAUAUGGCAAAGGCCUUGUGUAUAGUGAAGUGCACUUAGCUGCCCUAGCUACUUAACAAUUAUUCCUCGAGCCCGAAUGAGCUCUGAGUCAAUUGCCCAUGAGGGCGAGAGGAAUAAUUGUUUUAGUAAAAUCCAACUAUUUGCUCAAAAAUAUCGAGGAUAAAAAAAAUUUAGCUAGUUAAAAGCUAGACUUUAAUCCUUUUUUGCCGCCAAAAAGCCCGCGCUUUUCGCUACUAGGGGGCUAUAACAUAUAGCCUAGUAGUAGCUCAACCAAUCAGAACGCAGCAUUGAUAAUAGACCACUAGUUGGAUUUUGCUAAAAAAGUUUACAAGCACGUCACUCCACUUAAAUAAUAUGAUAUUUAAAAAAGUGCAAAUAGAACGCAGGAUUCAUAGAGAGACGAGUUUUGACUCGGAUAUUGCUGAAACGUGGAACGGGGUACCGGGGACGAGCAAGGGGAACGGGAAAUAGAAAAAUGGGAACAAAACAGAGAAUUGGAAAUGGCGUUACUGAAGGGUUAGGGUUCAACUUAGGUUUUGUUCCCAUUUCUCAUUCUCCCGUCCCUCUUGCUUGUUUUCCGUUUACGUAACAUCCCCUUUUUAACUUGAGAGUCUUUUUUUCGAAAUUCAGACCAAGUGACUGGUCUUUGGUCUUUUCAUAAAUUAUGCAUACAUAAGCACAGUUCUCCGGGGUACCAUCACGUGGUCUGACGUGGCAAAACGAAAAGUCCAAGCCCAAAAGGUCUGUUCGUGGUAGUAGUCACGUGACGAGGCAGCCAUUUUGGUGGUCAUUACAAUAAACAAUUUUUUGAAGAAUUUACCUUAAAAUGGUGUUUACUUCCCAGAUGAGAGAAUCACCUUUGUUCUUGAUUACCAACAUGGCCGCCGUGACGUCACGUGCAAACCAGCAAUUCAGGGUACUAGCCAAUGAAAGAGGUGAUUAUGUCCCCAAAACAGUCCUACAGUGCACCUCAACACAUGCAACACCGACCCAGUCUCUGGCGCUGCCUCAAAAUGGCGGUUUCAUGGAAUGUUGGAGGCUGAGAACAUGGCCA